CUUGACAUAUCCUUCGUCUCUUGUCCUUGCGUUAUGGCAAGAUCUCCUCCCAGGUCGAGGUCUCCAGACCCAAGAAGAUCCUCUCAUAGGGAAAGAGGUUCAGGAUACAGGUCUCCUUCUCCCGGAACAAGGUAUGAUCGUUCUCAUCAGAGUUCGACAAGACCUGACGACCGACGUUCAGCCAGAUAUCAAGACGACAGAGACGAACGACGCCGUGAUGCAAGAGAUCAAGAUCGCGAUCAUGAUAGAAGAAGGGAUGAUAGAGGUGUAAGAGAGGGGCGAGAUGUGAGGGAAAGGGAUAGGGAUAGAGACCGUGACCGUGACCGUGAUCGUGAGAGGGAAAGAGAUAGAGAAAGGGAUCGUCAUCGUGAGCGAGACAGAGAUAAAGAAAAGGAUAGAGACCGACGUCGAAGUCCUGAAGAUGAUCGAUAUCGAAGACGACGUGAUAAUUCUGAUGACCGACAUCGAGAUUCAAGGGACGAUCGUCUCGCUCCUCCUCGAUUACGUUCUCCUCCCCCCAGGGAAAGGGAACGAACUCGUACUCGCUCACCAGAGAGGAAAUCAGUCAGAGUGAUACGACCCUCCGAUUCAUAUGAGACUCAAUCUCCUGGGCCUCAGACAGAAGAGGAAAAACAACGUAUCAAGAGAGAAAGACUUGAAGCUUGGAAGAAACAAAGAGAAUUACAGAAACAAGCUGGAAAACUGGGUUCUGCUACCCCUGAACCUACCCCGGUCGUCGAUGUCAAACCUGUCAUCCAACCCUCUGGUGCUGUCGGAAGAAGUGGCUUACCGGCCAAACCCACUGGACUCGGGUUCUCCCUCUCUGCCCCUGCCCUCAGCCGAAUCGGUCUUCCACUCAAACCUGGUACGGUGCAAGCCAAGCGGACUCUCCAGACUCUGAAUCAUGAUGAAGAUGGACCCGAGCGUAAGCUUGCCAAAUUGGACCUACCUGAUAUUGUCCCUGAGGUUCAAUCGGGCGAGGCGGCGGAUCAAAAGGCUAUCGGAGAUGAUUUGGCGGCUGAGGAUGUUGAAGAGGAAGAUGAGAAGCCUGUUAUGAAUCGAGAGGAGCAUGUGAAUGGUGAAGCGAAACCGGAAGUCAAGAUGGAUGUCGAUGAGGAAGAAGAGGAGGAUCCAUUGGAUGCGUUCAUGAGAGAAAAUGUUCAAGAAGUACGAAAGACCAACGUGGCCGAUGCAAAACGUUUAGGUCUGGGUGUGACUGCACUCGAACCCGAGAGCGAAGACGAUGAACCGGAAAUAAAGAGCAAGGCUCAGGAAGAGAUGGAAAAAGCGGAAGCUUUGCUUCAACUCGCUGCCAGCAAGUCGAGAAAGAAAGAUCUACCGCCUCCUGAUCAUUCCAAGAUCGAUUAUGAGCCAUUCAGGAAAGCAUUCUAUAACCCCCCUGUGGAAGUGUUGGAGAUGAACGAAGAGGAGACGGAAAUGGUAAGGCUCAUGAUGGACGGUAUCAAAAUCAGAGGACAGGAUGCCCCACGACCGGUCAGGAACUGGGGUGCUUUUGGUCUGCCCAGUGGAUGUCUAGAUGUCAUUAGGUCGAAAGGGUGGGAACACCCUACUCCCAUUCAAGCUCAAGCCAUACCAGCCAUCAUGUCUGGGCGAGAUGUAAUUGGUAUCGCCAAGACUGGCUCUGGAAAAACCGUGGCUUUCCUACUUCCUCUCUUCCGACACGUAAAAGACCAACGACCAGUCGGCGGUGCUGAAGGUCCGAUCGCUAUUGUCAUGUCGCCCACGAGGGAGCUAGCGCUGCAGAUUUACACCGAAUGCAAAGCCUUCAUCAAACCUCUCAAUAUACGUGUGGCAUGCUGUGUCGGUGGUGUGACCAUCUCGGAAGAUAUCGCCCUCAUGAAAAAGGGUGCCGAAAUCGUUGUUUGUACCCCUGGAAGGAUGAUCGAUCUUUUGACUGCGAAUGGUGGUCGAGUGACCAAUGUCAGACGAACGACAUAUAUCGUGCUCGAUGAAGCGGAUAGAAUGUUCGACAUGGGUUUCGAGCCACAAGUAAUGAAAAUCAUCAACAACACCCGACCGGACGCACAAAAAGUCCUCUUCUCGGCCACUUUCCCUAAAACUAUGGAAUCACUAGCUCGACGAAUCCUCGUUCGUCCACUCGAAAUCACUGUUGGUGGACGAUCGGUCGUUGCACCUGAAGUGGACCAAAGGGUAGAGGUCCGAGAUUCCAACGGUAAAUUCACCCGUCUUUUGGAGAUCUUGGGAGAAUUGAGCGAGGAGAACAAGGACCAAGACGAUGUGCGAACGUUAAUCUUCGUGGACAGACAAGAGGCAGCGGAUGAUUUAUUCCGUGAGCUGUUGCAGAGAGGUUAUGUGUGCGCUUCCUUGCAUGGUGGGAAAGAGCAGGUUGAUCGAGAUGAGGCCAUCAAGAAUUUCAAAAAUGGUGAUGUUCCGAUGAUUGUAGCCACGUCAGUUGCUGCGAGAGGAUUGGAUGUGAAAGAAUUGAAAUUGGUGGUCAAUUAUGACGCUCCAAAUCACUUAGAAGACUACGUGCAUCGGGCUGGUCGAACUGGUCGAGCUGGGAACAAGGGACUGUGCAUCACAUUCAUAAGUCCGGAUCAAGAGAAAUUCUCCGUGGACAUCGUUCGUGCACUCGAAGCCUCAAACGCUAUCGUCCCCAAGGAGCUCAAAGAGAUGUCCAAUACGUAUCUUGCGAAAAUCAAAGCUGGUCUUGCCAAAGCUGCCGGUUCUGGGUUCAAAGGCAAAGGUUUGGAACGUAUCGAGCGACGUCGAGAAGAGAAAGAUCGAACAGAAAAACAUACUUACGGAGAUACUUCCGAAGCUCUCUCAUUAUCCUCCCGAGAAGGCGCUGUCAUUCCUUACAAACCAAAAACCACAUCUGAAUGGCGACCUCCUGAGAACAAUCACAAGGGAGAGACGGACUAUACUUUCUCCGAAAUCGUCGUGGAUAUCGUCCAUGGUCCUGCACCAGACAAAGUCUUCAAUCCUCUCGUCACUGGGAAAGGCAAAUUGUCCUUACCACAACAAACCAUCCAAGCUUUGGAGAAGGCGAGGAAAGAAGGUCGUACGGCGGAAGCUCAAACUCUGACGAGGGUGGUGCAAAAACUCAUGGCGAGUAUCGAGUUGACAAAAGCGGAGAAAUUAGGUUUGGCAGCCGCUGUUGAUCCUCCGAAGAAAACCAAGGAUCCCGAUGCUACGGAUUGGCAUGCUAUCUUCCCUAUCAACGAUUUCCCACAGAAGGCUAGAUGGAAGGCGACGAACAAGGAACAAAUGACGUUGUUAGCGGAGAUAUCGGGAGCAAGUGUGACGAUGAGAGGUGUCUACUAUCCUCCAGGGGAAGAACCACCUCCCGGCGGAGAACCGAAAUUACAUCUGUUGAUCGAAUCCAACGACGAGAUGAAGGUUCAUGCGGCCGUCGAGGAGAUCAGACGGAAUAUCGUCGAGGCAUCAGUUGCUGCUCUCAAUAACGCAGAUCGAAAUAUCGCCGCUGGAGGAAGGUAUUCAGUAUGAUCACAUCAGUGGAAACACGACAUGUAUCUGGUUUAUCCUC